AUGCUAUGUUUUGUCUGCAUUACUAUAAAGAAAAUGAAUAGUAACGUAGGAGGGAAGGCCACACAUGAAGAAAUGCUGCUGAAACAUCAGCAGCACCUGCAGAGACAAAGAGAUGGCAUGGCCUACAGGAUGAAGAAGCUGGCAGCUUUGCAGGUGGAGCUCAGAAAAAAAAACAACGCAGUGAAGGAGAAAAUCAGGAAAAAAUAUGAAGACAUGAAGCGGGUCCUGGAUGAGGAUCUUCGGAUUACACUGACCCAGCUGGACACUGAGUACGAGGCCAUGGAGAAGUUGUUGGAGGACAGGAUAGAGGACUGCUACCACCUCACUCAGGAACUAGACCAGGAAAUGUUCAACAUCGGUGCCAAUGUGAAAACACAAGAAAUUGACAUUCAGAAUGCUGAAACAGAAAAAAGAAUAUCUGAUACUCUGAAGCGAACUGACCCUGACCUGAUUCAGAUGGAUGAGUUCAAGAAUGAACAACUACUGAGUUUCACCAUCAACUUGCUGCUUUUCAUCCGAUCCCAGGUCCCUGUCACCAAGAAACUCUUUCAGACCUAUGCUGCAGAUGUUGUCCUUGACGGUGACACUGCUCACCCCAAGCUGAUCAUCUCUCCCAAAGGCGACUCAGCCACCUACACAGACACCUGGCAGGAUGUCCCAGAGACUCCCUCCCGCUUUGACACCACCCUAAAUGUAGUCAGCCGGGAAGGCUUCAGCGAGGGCCGCCAGUACUGGGAGGUAGAUGUGAGUGGGAAGACCUACUGGGAGCUAGGGCUCACCUACCCAAGCAUCCCGCGCAAGGGCCGCGAGGAGGACUCCUGGCUGGGCCGAGGCAAAGAGUCUUGGUGUGUGGAAUACUUUAAUGGAGACUACACAGCCUGGCAUGGUGGUGUCUAGCAUGAGCUGCCUCUGCUGGCAGGAAAACAGUUCACUCGCAUCGGGGUAUACUGCAGCUUUCCUGGGGGUUUGGUGUGCUUUCUAGGAGCUGAUACCAUGACCCCGCUCCAUUGCUUCUGCACUGGGACCUUCACUGACACUCUACAUCAAGCAUUAUGUCCUGGUCAUGACAAUGAAGGCACAAACUGGAAGUCCAUUAAGAUAUGUGAUGCCUCCCGAUCAGCUCCUGUUCUCUGAGGUGGGGCAGGAAUGCCUCUGGGGCAGAAAUAUGUUGCACUGUGGGCUAUGCGCAUCAGCUGCCUGAUCUGACAUUCUUAAAUUGUGACAUUGCAUCACCUCCGGGAACUGUGCGUGUCAGGCUAGUCUAAAUUUACCAGAAGGAAUCCUUUUUUAGACUCACAGAUCAUGUUGUUCUUUUUCAGCCAUUCAUGCUAAUGUGCUAAGUUAAUGUGAUGUUAGAGCUGUUCUUCAUACUGCAGCAAAGGGUUUAUUUGUAAUGCUAUGAUUAGUCAUGGAAUUGCAGAAUUGCAAAAGACAGAAGUUGAAUUGGCAAAGGGAGAAUUUAAUUAAUAAAUAUUAAUAAAUAAUUUGGUUAGAUGGAUCUGCUUUUGAACACUCAAUCAGUAUGUUUGGAUUUGUCUACUAUUAGUUAGCAAAUUGAACUUUAAAAUAAUGCUGGUGAUAUUACAUAUUUUUCCAAUUGUCAACAAAUCCAGUUCCAUUUUACUGUAAAAACAAUUAAGUAAUUUAAAAAAAACAUCUGGGCACUGUAGUUUUUUAUCAGAUGUUACUCAAACAGUAGUAAAUAGUGACUUUGUUGGAGACUAUUUCCAGCUGUGGAUUAAUGCACAUUUGGCGCUUGAGUGAGUAUUUACAACAGCAAUUCAUUGUUGAUUUUGUUUUUUUGUGAUAUUGGUUGACAAUGAGAAGAAUAAAGAAUGAUGACAGCCUUAUCCUUUAUGUGUUAACAGAAGGCUAAAGAUGUUAGUCUACUAUUACUAUGGAUUGCUGAAAAUUAAAGUUAACAGUGAGUAUAACUUUUUAUAGGGACAUACUGUAUUUCAAAAAAGUCUAAACUGUUACAUUUUGUGUUUUUUUUAAUGUAAUAUUCAGUGUAUUCAUUGCCAGGCUACAAACAUCUUCUUUGUGUUAAAAACAAAAAGAAAUGUGGUCAAUGUGGUCUGUGUUUACAGAUGGGCAAGAAAAAUAACACAACUCAUUACAGAAUAAAUUCUUUAUGUUUAAUACAAUAAAAUGUUCACAUGAGCAUUCCUCUGUUUUGAAGUUAUUUAAACAAGGUAUUGCCCCAAAUUAAAAAGAAAAUUGGGCCAGAUUAUACUUAUAAUGUAAUUCAUUCAUUUUUCCAAAUCUUUUCAAAUAUAUUCCUGAGGACAACAGCAUUUAACACUGGAAAGCAUUUAAAAUUUUACCCUUAAAAGUAUUUUUCCCUCCUUCAAUUCCAAUCCAAAACAAGUGGAGCAAACACUCCUUUCAGCACAGGCUGGGCACCACAUCACUGAUCAGAGAUCCAUGUGUCGAGUUGUGGCUAUAUUGGACAGGUGCACUGGGUGUAGAAUGGGACAUGUCUCUAACUUUAGCCAGUAUUGAACACACUUCUGGCAACUAGAAUUAUGAUGUAAAA